UCCACUUCCGGGUUAGAGAGCCUGGGCGGACAGGAUCUCAGUCAGCUUUCAGGACUAAUUCGUACUUGGGUCUUUCUUGGGGUUCCUGCUUCGCUUCUCCAGCGCACUACGGGGGUCCCGCCUGACUUGUUCCCAGGCCUUUGGCUCCUCUUCCGGAAGGCCGGUGUCCUGCUGCACAAUGCCCCAGCUCGGACUUCUGCCCAGGAGGACCUGGGCUGCGCUGCUCAGCCAGCUCCUGCGACCGCCCCACUCUGCGUGCAUCCCUGCAGUCGGUUGUCAUAGCCAGGUUGCAGAGGCAGUGUUAACAUCCCAUCUGAAACCACAUCAAGAGAAACCAAAUUUUAUCAUUAAGAUACCAAAGGGCACCAGGGAUCUUAGUCCUGAACAGAUGGUUGUGAGGGAGAAAAUUCUUGAUAUGGUCGUCAGCUGUUUUAAACGUCAUGGAGCAAAGGGUUUGGAUACCCCAGCAUUUGAGUUAAAGGAAACACUUACUGAGAAAUAUGAAGAGAAUUCUGGGCUCAUUUAUGAUCUGAAGGAUCAAGGUGGAGAACUGCUGUCCCUUCGCUAUGACCUUACUGAGGUCCCCUUUGCUCGUUAUUUGGCCAUGAAUAAAUUGAAGAAGAUGAAACGCUACCAAGUUGGAAAGGUGUGGCGGCGAGAGAGCCCAACGAUAGUCCAAGGCCGCUACAGAGAGUUCUGCCAGUGUGAUUUUGACAUUGCUGGUCAGUUCGACCCAAUGAUCCCUGAUGCAGAAUGUUUGAAGAUCAUAUGUGAAAUCCUAAGUGGGUUGCAGCUAGGGGACUUUCUCAUUAAGGUCAAUGAUCGGCGGAUUGUGGAUGGAAUGUUUGCUGUCUGUGGUGUUCCUGAAAGCAAGUUCCGUGCCAUCUGUGCCUCGAUGGACAAACUAGACAAGAUGUCUUGGAGAGAUGUGAGACAUGAGAUGGUGGCAAAGAAAGGCUUGUCUCCUGAGGUGGCUGAUCGAAUUGGGGAGUAUGCCCAAUGCCAUGGUGGAGUAUCCCUGAUAGAGCAAAUGUUCCAGGAUCCCAGACUAUCUCAGAAUAAGCAGGCCUUGGAAGGCCUGGGGGACCUGAAGCUGCUUUUUGAAUACUUGACUUUAUUUGGAAUUGCUGAGAAGAUUUGCUUUGACCUAAGCCUGGCUCGGGGCUUGGAUUACUAUACAGGAGUGAUCUAUGAAGCAGUACUGCUACAGACCCCAACUCAGACUGGAGAGGAAACCCUGAAUGUGGGCAGUGUGGCAGCUGGUGGGCGCUAUGAUGAGCUGGUGGCCAUGUUUGACCCCAAGGGCCACAAGGUGCCAUGUGUAGGGCUGAGCAUUGGAGUAGAGCGAAUCUUCUCCAUUGUGGAGCAGAGGAUGAAGACUUCUUUUAAGAAGGUACGCACCACAGAGACCCAAGUGUUUGUGGCCACACCCCAGAAGAACUUUCUCCGAGAACGGUUGAAACUGAUUGCAGAGCUUUGGAAUGCUGGGAUUAAGGCAGAGAUGCUAUACAAGAACAACCCUAAACUAUUAACCCAACUGCACUAUUGUGAGAACACAGGCAUUCCAUUUGUGGUCAUUAUUGGUGAGCAAGAACAGAAGGAAGGGGUCAUCAAGCUCCGAUCGGUGGCCAGCAGAAAGGAGGUUGCCAUUAAACGGGAAAAUCUUGUGGCUGAAAUUCAGAAGCGACUGUCUGAGUCUUGAUCCUUGCCUGAUUGCCAUCUGCUGCUCUUUAUAGAAAAGUUUUCAUCUAGGACUGAGUUCCUGAUAGACUUCACAACAGCUGGCCAGGAUGGGUGACAAGUGCUUUCUGCCUUUCUGAAUACAAAACUAUAGAAGGCCCUAAGGACUCCUGGGCUAGUAUUGGCAGCUACUCUGCCUGGGAUGUGAAAGAGAUACUGUUGCUGUAAAGGCAAAUUUAAAAUGCCUCUGAGUACUACAAAGAGGUGCUAAAAUGGUUGCUGUGAGUAAAGGUCUGAAAGAGUUGCCUCAGACUGAGGAUUCUGAACCACUGAGAUCAGCUGCCAGAUACUUAGCUUUCCAUUGUAGCCCUGGAACCAGAUUCUGGGGAAUUUGUCCAAAAGUCCUUGGCCUGUCCAGAGAGUUUUGGGAAGACAGCAAGGAUGGACAGUGGCUAUUUUCUGCUACAUCUGAGGACAGAGCAUGGUAGUAUUUCUGGCCUAUGCACUGAUAACAGUAGCAGGAUGGGACUGUCUGUUUAAUAAUCUUGAACAUUGAACUUAAUAGGUGAAUUGACUAUAUGGAGAUCUGAUCUUUGGAGAUUUUGGAGACCAUUUUCUAUGCCAGAAUCACUGCUCUGACUAUUCCACACAGUGCCACAAAGGCUGUUCUAUAAUUGUUUGGAUAAUAUAGUAAAUAAAAUAUUAAGUGUGAUAGUUUGGGUAAUUUAUUAUCGUGGGAUUCAUUUGCAUAGGCUAUAGAAAAUGCUUGAGUGUACACUGGAGAAUUCUGUGAGCUAGGAGUAACUUCCCUGGGGUGAUACUUCUGCAUUUAGUAAUGGAAACUGCCACAAUUUCCUCCUUCCUUUUCUCCCCACAAUUUGGAGAUACAGUUUGUCACUAAAAAUCACCAUAUUGUGAGCUGUUUGCCAGAAUGCUUCAGUUUAGGAUGGUGCUGUUGAUGACCUUUCUUUCCAAAUCUGAUCCUGUUGAUUAAAUUGUGCCCUCUGGACUGAAUGGCUUUAUUUGCCAAUUGAAAGAAAACCGAGUUAACCAAUGGGUAGGACCAUUAUUUCAAGAACAAGGGCUCAAGCGCAAAAAGAACUUUUUCCCCCUGUGCCUCAGGAAAGGUGGCAGCUGUUGCAAACAUCCUUUUAACUUAAGACCAUAUCUCUAGUGCUUGCCAGUAAAUGGAACGCCUAGACCCCCUAAUUAGCACUUCAGCCUUUAAAAGGUUUAGAAACUCUUUGAUAAUACACUCAUAGUUAGUUUGAUUAGAUCAGAAGACAAUGUUUCCGAAACUAGGUUUCUUCCUUUGUAAAACAGACGAAUUGAACUAAUAAUCCUUUGAUGGUUGUUUUGAAAGCCUGAGCUAAGAGAACGUUUGCAGGCGCCCUUACUUCCGCGUUGCUUCAUACUCUCAUUACGCCUGCGCCAUCUCCGUGGAGCAGAGGCGGGGCCGACAAGCGUGUUUUAGAAGCUCCCCAGUCCUUAGCGCGGUUUAGAACACGAGACUCUUCGCUUAUUGGACGGCGAUCUUGCUUUACGGCUCCAGGACGCUUUUUACGGCAUUUUCCGGCUUUCCAUUCACUUCGCUGUGAAGAUGGCGUCGGGCAGCGGG